GCCCAGAGCCCGGAGGCCAACGCGGCCUCUCUGUUCGCCCCGCCCGUGGGCGGGGGCUCAGCUCAGAAGCGAUAAAGCUGCAGCCCCUACCGGCCCAGAGCCUGUAGCUUCUCGGCGCCACCAGAGCAAUGCGCGAGGGACUGAGCGCGGCGUGCGAGGCCGCACGCCCGAGGCUGUACAGGUUCCUGCGCAGGAUCCUCCCGCCAAAGCCCACUCGGUGCCUUGGCCGAGCUAGCCCAGAAAUACAGAAUGACCCCAAAUGUUGCAGCCCCGGCAAGCACCAAAAUGGAUCCUCCCAGCCCCUUCUGGGGACAGCCGAGAAGUCUCCAGAAUCCCAGACAAAGCCACAUGAGCCUUUGCCGACUUGCCCCCAGCACAUGACGAUCAAGAACUGGGGCAGUGGGAUGAUUUUGCAGGACACGCUCCACAACAAGGCUGAAACGAAUUUUACUUGCAAGUCUAAAUCUUGCCUGGGGUCCGUGAUGAACCCAAGAAGUUUGACCAGAGGACCCAGGGACAAGUCUACCCCUCCAGAUGAGCUUCUACCUCAAGCUAUCGAAUUUGUCAACCAGUAUUAUGAUUCCUUCAAAGAGGCAAAAAUAGAGGAACAUCUGGCCAGGGUGGAAGCAGUAACAAAGGAGAUAGAAACAACAGGAACCUACCAGCUGACAGGAGAUGAGCUCAUCUUCGCCACCAAGCUCGCCUGGCGUAACGCCCCCCGCUGCAUUGGGAGGAUCCAGUGGUCCAACCUGCAGGUCUUCGAUGCCCGCAGCUGUAUCACAGCCCAGGAGAUGUUUGAACACAUCUGCAGACACCUGCGCUAUGCUACCAACAACGGCAACAUCAGGUCGGCCAUCACUGUGUUCCCCCAGCGGACUGACGGGAAGCAUGACUUCCGAGUCUGGAAUGCUCAGCUCAUCCGGUACGCUGGCUACCAGAUGCCAGACGGCACCAUCAGAGGGGAUCCUGCCAACCUGGAGUUCACUCAGCUGUGCAUUGACCUGGGCUGGGAGCCCCGCUAUGGCCGCUUUGAUGUGCUGCCUCUGGUCCUGCAGGCUGAUGGCCGUGAUCCCGAGCUCUUUGAAAUCCCACCGGAUCUUGUGCUUGAGGUGCCCGUGGAACAUCCCAAGUACGAGUGGUUCCAGGAGCUGGGGCUGAAGUGGUAUGCCCUGCCCGCCGUGGCCAACAUGAUGCUGGAGGUGGGCGGCCUCGAGUUCCCAGGGUGUCCCUUCAAUGGCUGGUACAUGGGCACGGAGAUCGGAGCCCGGGACUUCUGUGAUGCCCAGCGCUACAACAUCCUGGAGGAAGUGGGCAGGAGGAUGGGCCUGGAGACACACACACUGGCCUCCCUCUGGAAGGACCGCGCUGUCACGGAGGUCAAUGCUGCUGUGCUCCACAGUUUCCAGAAGCAGAACGUGACCAUCAUGGACCACCACUCUGCGGCAGAGUCCUUCAUGAAGCACAUGCAGAACGAGUACCGGACCCGUGGGGGCUGCCCGGCUGACUGGGUUUGGCUGGUCCCUCCGAUUUCAGGGAGCAUCACCCCCGUGUUUCACCAGGAGAUGCUGAACUACAUCCUGUCCCCAUUCUACUACUAUCAGGUGGACGCCUGGAAGACCCACGUGUGGCAGGAUGAGAAGCGGAGACCCAGGAGACGAGAGAUCCCGUUCAGGGUCCUGGGGAGAGCUGUGCUCUUUGCCUCGGUGCUGAUGCGCAAGAUGAUGGCAUCCCGAGUCAGAGUCACAAUCCUCUUUGCCACGGAGACGGGAAAAUCAGAAGCGCUGGCCCAGGACCUGGGGGCCUUGUUCAGCCGCGCCUUCAACCCCAAGGUUCUCCGCAUGGACGAAUAUAGGCUGGGCAGGUUGGAGGAGGAGCGGCUGCUGUUGGUGGUGACCAGCACUUUCGGGAACGGAGACUGCCCUGGCAACGGGGAGACACUGAAGAAAUCCCUCUUCAUGCUGAAAAAGCUCACCAACACCUUCAGGUAUGCUGUGUUCGGCCUUGGCUCCAGCAUGUACCCUCGCUUCUGUGCCUUUGCUCAUGACGUUGACCUGAAGUUGUCCCAGCUGGGAGCCUCUCAGCUCACCCCAGUGGGGGAAGGGGACGAGCUCGGAGGGCAGGAGGGUGCCUUCCGCACCUGGGCCGUGCAAACCUUCAAGGCAGCCUGUGUGGCUUUUGAUGUUCGAGGCAAACAUCACAUCCAGAUCCCCAAGCUCUACACAUCCACUGUGACCUGGGAGCCGCACCACUACAGGCUGGUGCAGGACUUGCAACCUUUGGAUCUCAACAAAGCCCUCAGUAGGAUGCAUGCCAAGGAUGUGUUCACUUUGCGGCUCAAGUCUCAGCAGAAUCUUCAGAGUCCAAAAUCCAGCCGCACCACCCUCCUGGUGGAACUCUCCUGCGAGGACAGCCGAGGCCUGGCCUACCUGCCCGGGGACCACCUUGGGGUUUUCCCUUGCAACCAGCCAGCCCUGGUCCGAGGCAUUUUGGAGCGGGUGGUGGACAGCCUGGGACCCCACCACACUGUGCGCCUUGAGGCCCUGGAUGACAGCGGGAGCUACUGGGUCAAGGACAAGAGGCUGCCGCCCUGCUCACUUAGCCAGGCCCUCACCUACUUCCUGGAUAUCACCACCCCCCCAACCCAGCUGCAGCUCCAGAAGUUGGCCCGGCUGGCCACGAAACAGGCUGAGAGACAGAGGCUGGAGACGUUGAGCCAGCCCUCAGAGUACAACAAAUGGAAGUUCACUGGCAGCCCCACGUUUCUGGAGGUGCUGGAGGAGUUCCCGUCGCUGCGGGUGCCUGCGGCCUUCCUGCUCUCCCAGCUUCCCAUUCUGAAGCCCCGCUACUACUCCAUCAGCUCCUGUCUGGACCACACUCCUGCCGAGGUGCACCUCACGGUGGCUGUGGUUGCCUACCGCACCCAAGAUGGCCGGGGUCCCCUGCACCAUGGCGUGUGCAGCACGUGGCUCAGCAGCCUGAAGCCCCAGGACCCAGUGCCCUGCUUCAUGCGGAGGGUCAGCAGCUUCCAGCUCCCCAAGGACCCCUCCCACCCUUGCAUCCUCAUUGGGCCCGGCACGGGCAUCGCCCCCUUCCGAAGUUUCUGGCGGCAGCAGCUCCACAACUCCAAGCACAAAGGGGUUCAAGGUGGCCGAAUGACCUUGGUGUUCGGGUGUCGCCACCCAGAAGAGGACCACAUCUAUAAGGAGGAGAUGCUGGAGAUGGCCCAGAAGAGGGUGCUGCAUGAGGUGCACACAGCCUACUCUCGGCUGCCUGGGAAGCCCAAGGUCUACGUUCAAGACGUCCUGCGGCAGCAGCUGGCUGGAGAGGUGCUCCGUGUGCUCCACGAGGAGCCGGGCCACUUGUACGUCUGUGGGAGCGUGCUCGUGGCCCGGGACGUGGCCGACGUUCUGAAGCAGCUGCUGGCUGCCAAGCUGAACUUGAACGAGGAGCAGGUUGAGGACUACUUCUUCCAGCUCAAGAGCCAGAAGCGCUAUCAUGAAGACAUCUUUGGUGCUGUCUUUCCUUACGAGGUGAAGAAGGACCGGGCAGAGCGGCCGCCUGGCGACAUCAAGCUCUGACGACCUACAGAGACAUUAAAGCUGCUGUCGCUGAGUGUGAGGACUGCCUCUCCAGUCAGGCCUCACCGGGCCUCAGGAGGUGGGGAAGUGACCACAGCCAGCCUUACAUCUUAGCUCCUCAGCUCCCCCCUCUCGAGCCCUUUACUUGACCUAAUACCAAGUAACGUCCUGGACUGGUCAGAGCCACCUCUGUGCCUGAAGCCCAAUCUUCCUGGCCCCUUGGAGAUGAAUCUGGCGUGUCAGGCCUGACCAGUGGGUAACAGGAAGAUGAAACCUUCUUCUGAUGGCGUCACUUUGAGUGGCCACCGGGGGGCGCUAGCAACACAUUGUAUUUGGUUGCCCCGUGUAUAGUAUUUAUGCUUCUGUAUUAAAAAAAAAAAAAAAAAAAAAAUCCAUCUGCUCCUAAGAGCCACUUGAGCCUUCCUUUUCUGACUUCUUGAAAUAAAUAUUUAUAUGAAAUUCAUUUUCUUUU